AUGGGUCGCUCAUAUCAGAAAAACCCGAGCACAACCUCAAACACUCCAGUCCAAUGGAAAGACCAGAUCCGCCACAAAUACUGCGGCGCCCUCGACCACGGUCGCGAGGGUAAGCCCAACAAGGUCCACCGCUGCGAAGCCUGCCUCGCCGUCAAGGCCCGCCAGAGCAAGUUCCGCGACGGACCCGGCGAUAUCAAGCUUGGGAGGAAGCAGAAGAUGAACUUGAAGUUUGGCGGUGGCGAGGAGUCAUAG